UUUAAAUGAUGCAGUAUGGAGAAUUGGAGAGAGAACAGUUUUUUGGCAAGUUUUCUAUCAAAUCCAGGGACAUGAGCAAUGUUUUUCUCCAUAUCCCAGGUUUGUUUCCUGAGCACUUGAUCGAGGUCAUGAGCAAAGAGUUGGCGCUAAAUGAUUACGUAAGAGAGGCCACAUGUGCCAAGAAAUUCAAAGAGCUUUUAAAGGACCACCCCUUCUUCUAUGUGCCUGAUAUGGUGGAUGAACUGUGCAGCCAGCACGUCCUCAUCACCGUCCUGGUGCCUGGCUUCCCCCUGGACCAAGCUAAUGACUUCUCCCAGGAGCUCAGGAACGAGAUCUGUGAGCAUAUAUUCAUUCUGUGCUUGAGGGAGCUGUUUGAGUUCAGGUACAUGCAGACAGAUCCAAACUGGUCCAACUUCUUCUUUGAUCCCCAAACUCACAGGGUUGCGCUUCUAGAUUAUGAGGCCACACUUAGCGUUGAUAAAAGUUUCACUGACAUCUACAUCGAGAUAAGCCUACAGGAGGAUCAAUCAGUCUUACUUAAAAAAACAUGAUAUACCUCAAUUAGCAAAGCGAAAGUAAUUUAAACCUCAAAAGAAACUUCAAAAAGUUGCUCUUCGUCACCAGGUCAUCAAGGCGGCAGCAAACCAAAACAGUUCUUCAGCGGUCGAGGGACAUGAAGUUCCUCACGGGCUACGAAUCAAAGGUACGGAGCACCUCACCAACUUGAUCAGAUCAGCAACAGCUAAAAAGGUCAAUUUAAUGUUGACUGUUGAAUUGAUCUGCAACCCCAGGCGAUGGAGAACGCCCACGUGGAUGCAGUGAUGAUUUUGGGGUAGGCCUUCUCAUUCGAGGAACCGUUUGACUUUGGGGCCCAGAGCACAACAGACCGUAUUCAUAGUCUGAUCCCUAUUAUGCUGAGAGAGCGCCUGACCCCUAGCCUGGUUCUGCCCUCCUACGUACUUCCGCUCAUUUUUUAUUUUGCUUCUGUACUAGGUCUGGCCAUGAGGUACGUAAGUCAGAUGUCUCCGGUAGAUUUUCUACCGGCGAAUGAGCGAACAGAGGGAGUGGCUGAGAACGAUGACGUUGAUGUUGUGCGCUAGUCUGUGUUGUAGUUCCAUAAUGGCGGCGGGGAAAGAUGCGAGCAAAGCCAUUCUGUCCGUUGUGGCAACACUGCCGAAUAUCUAUUAACUAAAGCCGGAACAAGAACAAGUUUUGCUGAGUUUUGUUGGUGGCCAUGAUGUUGUGGCCCUCCUCCCCACAGGGUUCGGGAACAGUUUGAUUUUGCAGCUACGGCAGCUAUCUCUGUUAUAAUAGUGGUGAAGGAAUUGGCAAACACUAGCGAUUGGUUAUGGCAGAUCAGAGUGGCUCUGGGCAGAUCCAAUAGUUUUAAACUUCAACAGAGUACCCGCCUACAAGGAAGUCAACGCUUGUCAAUGGAGCGAGACCAGACUCUCUGUACAAAUGAAAUGUACGAGAGUCUGGUUAGGACCAGGCUACCUGACCCCACCUCCGGAGGAGAACCUCUGAUGGACUCCGAUGGACCCUCCAUCGCAAGAAGGGGCGGCUCAUUCCUCAUCUGUUCGCUGCUGGGCGCCAAGGUUGCCUGUAAGGACAUGUUCCAGGAGGCGUACACUAAGUACUGGAAAAAUAGGCCAGAUACAGCGCCCAGCCAGCCCUCAGCCCUGAGCUUAACCAGGACACAAGUACAUCAGGUGUAUGGUGUCCUGAUAUGGCCAGUUGAACUUCAUGAGUUGAGUGUGAAUGUAUUGAAAUGUGCUGAGGUAUCUUUUUCAUAAAGUAUCUGUGAUAAACUGUUAAAAUGUACAAUGCUUUAAAAAAGACUCAUUCCACUGAAACACAAUGCACUA